AUGUCCGCUAUUGGGCUUCAAGGUGUCUCCUUGAACGAUGAAUGCACGGAAGCGUUGCCCUUCAAAAUGGUUACCGUCAAAGUUGCAAAACUCAGUUGGAUCAUUAGGAUAAUCGAUGGGGCUCGGCACUACGAGAAUGCAGUUCAAGUUGGUGUUGGUGUAGGGCAAAGUGGCGUUAAGCGUGAAGACGUCUUUAUCAGUGAGGAAAAGCUCCAUCGUUGUCCAGGUCGUGACUCGUGCGCGGUGCUCUCGACAAUCAAGUCAUCCAGGAGCUCUACAAAGGUGGUCUUUUGCAAUGAGGAUUUGCGCCUUUACCCAAAUCCUCACAGCCAGAACGUGUCAUAUCCAACGGCCGUAUUUGGUUGGGAAAUCGAACCUACGGACAUGGCAAAGCUUGACGUGUUGGACCGUGGGAAGGAGGGCGCAAUUACCUGGAAUCCAGUCGAGGUCGAUCAAGGAGUCAGGUUAGCCACCUCAGGGCUUCCCCCUUGA